GCCACGCAACUCACCACAGGCCAACACUCAAUAUACAACAGCAGCAGCAACAACAGCAACAGCAGCAACAACAACAACAACAACAGCAACAACAGCAGCAACAACAACAGCAACAACAGCAACAGCAGCAGCAGCAGCAGCAACCUGACCAAGAGAAGCUGCAGCUGCUUCAGAUGCGUCAGAAUCAGCAACAGCAGCAGCAGCAGACACAACAGCAGCAGCAACAGCAGCAGCACCACAGUGUAACAUUGCGACAGCAGCUUCACCAGCAGUUGCAGCAUAGGCCUCAUGUUGGGGUAGGGAUGAAUAUUGGGCCCCAGGGACAAGGAGGCAACACUACCCUGGGGCAGCCGCGCAUGAUGCAGUCCACCAUGCAGAAUCCAGGUUUAAAACAGCUGCUUCAAGUGAGGCAGCAGCAGCAUCAGCAACUGCAGCAUCAGCAGCAACAGCAACAACAGCAACAGCAGCAGCAACAAAUCAUUAUGAUGCAGCAGCAGGGGAUGAGGCCCCAGUUAGGUCAGCAGGGCCAGCAGGUCAUGGGCCAGGCAAUAGGCCAGCAGGGGAUGGGCCAGCAGGCUAUGAACCAGCAGACUAUGGGACAGCAAGGUAUUGGCCAGUCAAUUCAAGAUAGCAAUGACUAUAUGGAUCUGUUAUAAGGAGUCAUUUUGAUGUACUGUAUUUUCCAGCAGAUAAGACACAGCCAUGAUUUUUAUUUUAUUUAUUUAUUUAUUUGUUUAUUUUUUAAGAGGGAGAGGGGAAGAAUUUCAGCACAUUUCACUAUGUAUGAAUUAUUAUGGCAUAGUUUCUUUGGGUAAAAGAAACUGCUAAUACCUGAUGUAGGCUUUGUUGCUUGGGGGUGAGAAGUAUUAUGAAAAGUUCAAAUUUAUGUUUAUGUACAGUCAUAACCAGAUCCCUUAUUUUACAUCUUCAAGUAACUGUACUACACGUUUGAUAUUUUAUAAAAAUAUAUAUUUGUUUCUCAUAAUAUUUGCAAUAUUAUUACUAAGACAAACUGAAUAUUUGUGUUGAAUUGACUAUAGAGCUUUACUAACCCACAUUCUGCCAAUAUUUUCAGCUCAGUCUUGGCCUCAACUUAGGUAAUUUGGGUGUUGUAAACAUGGUGAUUUUUAUAUACUUUUUUAUAGGAAAAAUGCAUCUUAUAUACUGGGAAAUAGGGUAUACACGUUUUUUUUUCUUAAGUUGUCAUUCCUUUAUGUAUAGUAUUUGUAUUCAUGUAAUGAUGGAUUAUAUCCAAAUUUUUGUGUGCUGUACAUAGUCAAGUAUUUACACAUUCUUAAUCCUUCAGGCUUAAGCAGAAAAUAAAGUCUUUAUUUUGA